UUAGAAAGAAUACUUUAUUUCAAAGCCCGUGAAUCAGAAGAUUGUGUAAAGAAGUUACUCUAAUCUAAAUGUCUCUGCACAGUGGAAUGCAGCUGGUGACUCCAAAGGGUGACCAACUUGCCUCUGGAGCAGCCACAUCCUCAGAGGGCUGCUGGUGUGCCUGGUGUGCCUGGUGAAGAGUGUGAGAUUCUCCAGGUAUAUUUUCCGACACUUCUGGAAAGUUUUGCCAAAGUCGUUCUUGAAGUCAAUGGGACAGUGGGCAGUGAUCACUGGAGCAGGAGAUGGGAUUGGGAAAGCUUAUUCAUUUGAGCUAGCAAGACAAGGACUCAAUGUCGUGCUUAUCAGCCGGACACUUAAAAAGCUACAGGCCACCGCUGCAGAGAUUGAGUGCGCUACGGGGAGUAGUGUGAAGAUUAUACAAGCAGAUUUUACCAAAGACAACAUCUAUGAGUAUAUUGGAGAAAAACUUAAAGGCUUAGAAAUUGGAAUUUUAAUCAACAACGUGGGGAUGCUUCCAAACCUCCUCCCGAGCCACUUUCUUGAUACAGCAGAUGACAUCCAGAGUGUCAUCCAUUGUAACAUCACCUCGGUAGUGAAGAUGACACAGCUAAUUCUGAAACACAUGGAAUCAAGGCAGAAAGGGCUUAUCUUGAACAUUUCUUCCGGGGUGGCCCUCUUUCCCUGGCCUCUGUACUCCAUGUAUUCAGCUUCCAAGGCUUUUGUGUGCACGUUUUCCAAGGCACUGCAAGCAGAAUACAAAAGGAAAGGGAUCAUUAUCCAGGUGUUGACCCCAUACGCUAUCUCAACCCCAAUGACAAGGUACCUAAACACCAACAUGAUAACCAAGACUGCUGAUGAGUUUGUAAAAGAAUCACUGAAUUAUGUCACGAUUGGAGAUGAAACCUGUGGCUGCUUCACGCAUGAAAUCUUGCGGAUCUUCCUGAGCCUGAUCCCGUCAUGGGUUUUGUACAGCAGCACGUUCCAGAAGAAAUACAAGGACUACCUCAAGCAGAAUACUGGCACUAUAUAGUCCAAGUGCACUGACAUGCUAUCCAGCAUGAUUCUCUUCUCCAUGUUCCCUGUUGGCUGCAGAAAAUGAAGGAGCAGCUCAGCCCCUGCCACUCUCCUGAAGAGGCUGUGUCACAUACACAGUCCCAAAAUACAACUUUUUUUUUUUUUUUUUUUGCCAUUUUACUUGAGUCUGGAGAUCUUUGGGAAUACUGUAGUAUAAAAACAUGUGUUGUUCAGUGGGGUUUUAGGGUUUUGUGUGUGACAUGAUGAGUGUGUCUAAAGGAGAAACUGGAAGAAUUUCUACUUGGGAUUAUAAUAUAAAUGUGCUGAGAAGAAAGCCUUUGGUAGUUCGAAUAUUGAGAAUAAUUAUGCAUAUAAGCUUUUAUAGCUAUGCUAAAGAAUGUCAGAGGUUACUAAACUUUACCAAGAGUGCUGUAGUUCGAGGGCAUCAAAAUAAGCUUCUCAGAGACCCAGGAAACUCUAGGGGAAUAUGUGGGAGCCACAGCUACAUCAGGCCAGUUUCUGGGGCCUCCCAUUCCAGUUGAUGCAAACCAAUUUUAUCUGUUUUAUUUAUAUUUGGGGUUCUAUAUCAGAGUGUAUUCACAAAAAUAAAACAGAAAAGCAUACAUUGA